CUGUGUUUUUUAUGCCUGGGAGCGAAAAUGUCAUAACUGUUAUGCCGUGAGGAUCCGAUGUGGUGCAUACGUUACCAUCUAGUAGGUAGUCACUUUAUCGCCUUGUUCUAGCUCGGAUCAGCAGUGAAACGUGUGAUGAGUUUACCAAACGACAUGAAAGAAGACCCUCCCAAGCCUACGACUGAAGUAGAAAAUGGCCACGGGCUUGUUACGGCAGUAGUUCCGGAAGAGGAAAAGAAGAGAGGAUUUGCAUUACUGAUUCACGACUUCAAACAACGCAGAUUAAUUCCAAUUAAAUUCCUUAGCUUAAUCAUCUAUUCCGGUUAUGGAGUACUACUGCCGUUUUUUGCUAUUCAUAUGAAGUCACUAGGAAUCAGUGUCGAAGAGACGGGUGCCAUUUAUGGAGUGUCUUCUGUUAUCGGUGUAUUGACUCCGCUCUGCACGGGUAUGAUUGCCGAUAAAUUAGGGAAUUUCAAGGUCCUGUUGAGCUUGUCGUUCGGAUUAACUAGCAUCAGUGCACUUCUCUUCUUGCUCGUUCCAGUGGGAAGGACAUCUGUUAAUUAUGCGCUUAAUACGUCAUUCGUUGUUGGAUGUUACGACGCUUCCAACCUGACGGAUCAUUCUUCACAAAUGUUUGUUUCUACAAGCCUUGACCUGAACGAAUGUAAAUUAAGAGUAGGAAAUGACCUGGGAAAUGAUGAGGCUAACAUUUCGGUAGUUCUAAACGAAUGCGGUUACAUGUGUUACCAUGGCAACGAGUUCUACGAUGAAGAUUACACUGAAGCCGAUGUGGUAGCCGAAGUACAAUCCUUAAACAAUUUUACACACGCCGUUCGUGACGUAACUUUUUUCCCCGACGAUUGGAUUUUAAAUGGAUGGUGUUCCCGACAGGCCCCUGGAGAGGCUAUUUGUGAAAGAAAUCUAGAAUCUGGAACACCACUGAACGCAACGUUAGCAUUAGACUGGUCCAGCAACAUUGGCAAUAAAUCCAGAAGGUUUCCCGUUAAAUGGAUUACACUGGGAGACAAUAGCUAUAUAAAUAGUAAGGGAAUGUUUAACAGCAUACGAUUAUGCGACUCACACGACGAAGGGCAGAAACUUAACCGAACAGCCUACGUCCAACAUUUUAACGACAGCGAUAAGAACUCCUUCCAGUUCUGCCGGCCACAGUGUAUCGUACGCAUCAUUCGCUCGGAAUUGUGUUCCAACGUGGCCCGAGAAGAAGUCUUCAAUCCUCUGCUGACUUUUUGGCUUUACAUGUUGUUUCGUUGCAUCUUUGAGGUUCUUCUUGGUGGUUCUGCCACGUUGUUCGAAGGAGCUGUUUUGGCCUUGGUGUACGAAGUCCGUGGUGAUUACGGUUUCCAGAAAGUGUUUGGAUUUAUAGGAAUAGCCAUAUUUUCGCCCAUAUCUGGAGUUCUGAUUGACCGUGCCAGUAUCGAUGAAAACAACCAAAAUUUCCGGCCAGCAUACUUCCUUUUCGGUUCAUUGUUUGGAAUGGCUGCCUUGGGGUUGUUGACGAUCGACCUGAAGUUCAAACUUCCCGCCGAAAAUGUGGUGAAAGACGUGAAAUCUCUAUUAAAAAACAUCGAGCUGGAUGCUCUACUAGUCAUUGCACUUAUAUUGGGACUGCUGGUGGGUUCCACGGGAAGCUAUUUGUUUUUGUUGUUGGAAGAGGUUGGAGUUAACAAGUCAUUAAUGGGAUUGUCGAUCAUGAUCUCUUGUCUUGCAGCAAUUCCACUUCUUCUGUUUUCCGAAUUUAUUUAUCGGAAAUUCAGCUACCCCAACGUCAUAGUCUUUUGCCUUUCCAUUUUCGUUGUCCGUUUGAUUGGAUAUUCGUACAUCUCCAUGCCAAGCUUGUGCCUUGUCUACGAAUCUUUAGAAGCCAUUACUGGACCUUUAGCCAUGACUACACUCGUUAUCUAUGUGUCAAAACUGGGCACAACAUCUACUAUGGCUUCCAUUCAAGGCCUGAUUUCAGCAAUCUAUUUUGGCUUGGGCAUUGGAACAGGAAGUUCUGUUGGUGGCCUACUUAUUGGAGCGUACGGUCAACGGACAACUUUAAGGAUUACUGGUGUCAUUGCAUUUAUCACUGGUUUAUUCUACUUCCUCUUCAACGUUGUAUACUCACGCAGAAGGAAUGCCAACAGCAUUAAAAAUGACAGUGCUGCAGUUAAUUGAUAUCGCGUUUUUUACAAAGACACGAAUUUGAAUUCGGGUCUCAAUCAACAGAUCGUACCAACUGCUUCCGCGGCAGCAUACUACUCACUAACCAGAUAAGACGUUCAAUUAAACAAACGGCUAUACUGAAGUAAAAAUAAUAACAAAAUAGUUAAACAUUCUUGAAAGUGACCGUUAUGAGCGAAGUCUAACCAAAGCUCCCAAGGAACAGGUGACGAAAGUGGUUUUAACAGGGGCAUUCCCGCGUUAUGAAUAUAGCCAAUGAUAUUUAGGACGCUUUCAAUUUGCAAAUUCGGAUUUUACUCUUGAACCUCUCGCGCUUCAAUACAAAUCUUUCGAAUCUUUUCAA